CUCUCUCUCUCUCUCUCUCUCUUCCACACAUACACACACAGAACUCAGAGAGUUCAGUGUUGCAUUUGCUUUCUAUCUCUAGCCCUUUCUCUCCUUUCUCUCCCACUUCCCUGAACUUCACUCACCUCUCUUUGCAAGGUAACAAACUAUGAGAUUUUCCCUUCUGCCACAGCAGGUCUCUUUCCCUUCGUUCCUCUAAGCUUCCAGCACCCCCCCCCCCAAUUCUCAGUGAGUGAUGGACCAGCACUCGAGGAGGAGCUGUCUGGAGACAGGAGUGAUGAGGACCUGGAUUGAACCGGUGGUGGCCUCGGCCCAGGUGGCCGCCUCAUUCUAUGAUGCAGGGCUGCUGCUGGUGGUCAAGAAUUACUACAACCUUUCGAGUUUCUCUAACCACAGCAAUUCCUCCACCCCCAGGGGGGCCAGUGAGGAUGCUCAGCAGAAAGCCAUCUCCAACUUCUACAUAAUCUACAACCUGGUGGUGGGCCUCACUCCACUGCUCUCAGCCUAUGGGCUGGGGUGGCUCAGCGACCGCUACAACCGGAAAAUUUCCAUCUGUGUCCCCCUCUUGGGCUACCUCCUCUCGCGCCUCCUCCUCAUGCUGAAGAUCCUGUUGGACUGGCCAGUAGAAGUGAUGUAUGGGGCUGCAGCCCUGGCAGGACUGUCAGGGGGCUUCACAGCUUUCUGGUCUGGCGUCAUGGCUCUGGGCUCACUGAGCUCCUCCAAAGGCCGGCGCUCAGUGAGGCUCAUCAUCAUUGACUUGAUUUUGGGCUUGGCAGGCUUCUGUGGGAGCAUUGCUUCCGGGCACCUCUUCAACUUGCUUCGAGUGGGCAACCGGCAAGGUGUUGUUCUUGCUGUCUCUAGUGUGGGUUGUGCCACGUUUGCUUUCCUCUAUAGUCUUUUUGUCCUCAAGGUCCCAGAGCCUGAGGUCAAGCCCAGUAAAGCCUUUGGUGUAGUGGACACUGUAUCUGGGACCAUAGGCACUUAUCGCACUCUGGACCCCGACCGUCCGGAGAAGAGGGGAGGGGUGGUAGAGCUUCCCUCCCUGGGGAAAGGAGAGCCUCGCAAAGCUAUCAUUGCUCUGCUCUUCGCAGGGGCCAUCAUUUAUGAUUUGGCAGUGGUGGGUACAGUUGAUGUGAUGCCCCUUUUUGUGUUAAGGGAGCCUCUGAGCUGGAAUCACGUGCAAGUAGGCUAUGGGAUGGCAGCUGGCUACACCAUCUUCAUCACCAGCUUCUUGGGAGUCCUGAUCUUUUCUAGGUGCUGCCGGGACACCACCAUGAUCAUGAUAGGGAUGGUGUCCUUUGGAGCUGGCUCACUACUCCUGACCUUUGUGAAGGAAACCUACAUGUUCUAUAUUGCCCGGGCCGUCAUGCUGUUUGCUCUCAUCCCUAUAACCACCAUCCGAUCGGCACUGUCUAAGCUCAUAAAGGGAUCUUCCUACGGAAAGGUGUUUGUGAUACUGCAGUUGGCACUGGCCCUCACUGGAGUGGUGACAUCUACAACAUUCAAUGAGAUCUAUCAGCUCACCAUGGAUAAGUUCACUGGCUUUUGCUUUGCCCUAUCAUCCUUUCUAGCCUUCUUGAGCAUCAUCCCUAUUGGGAUUGUGGCCUGCAAGCAAGGAGAGAUCACUGAGAAAUGACCAAGCUGAUGCGUCUAAAACCCAUAACCAGAAUCCCCUGUGGUGUGGAUCCCACUUGAAAAGAAGUAGUUGGACAAAGGAAACUGCUAAUGAAAACUAGUGUUCCACCUGGGGUCAGCCUCAUGAACCAGCUAUUUCCAAGGGUUCCAUACUGGGUGGGGAGAAACACUAUACUGGUGGAGGAAACUUCUAUUUUAAAAAUUAAUUUCAGAAGGAAGAUGCCAGAUUUUGUUGGUGACACAGAGAACUUCUCCAAAAAAAGGAAUUUGAAAGGCCAAACCUGGGGCACUUCUCAACUCUCCUAUAAGGACUUUGGUUAUAGAUUGGUACUUCAACCCCCUCCACCAUGCUGCAGAUAGUUAUCCAGAAAUAGCCACCUUGACUACCUGCUUCAGGCCCAUAUACUAGAAAUAAACCAAAGAUAUAAUUUCCCAAUCCUUUUAGAUCCAGGAUUGGUUGCCAUGGAACUUUUUUUCUUUUCCAAAGUUGUCAUAGACAAAAUCAGCAUUAA